AUGGAACUCAGCAGAUCUGUGAUCCAGGAAUCAGCCUGUAAUCUGAGAAUCAGAGAAUCCUUCGAGGACUAUGAAUACUUUCAGGAAGGAGACAUUAUCAUUGGAGGAGUUUUCACUGUAAAUACAGCUGUGGAGAAUUAUCCAUUUACACCGGGAAUAAAGAAAAUGUUUCUGUGCUUGGCACCCUUCAAGCGUAAUUAUGUGAACAUUCUGAAUUUUCUUUUUGCCAUUGAAACGAUUAACAAUAAUCCAGCCCGGUUACCAAAUAUUACACUUGGAUUUCACAUUUUUGAUUCAUGUUUAGAUACAAAUAAGGCUGUAAAAAGUGUUUGGCAAAUUUUAUCUGGACCAAGAAAGACUGUCCCUAAUUAUUCCUGCGUGGAACGUGGGAAGCUGGGAGGAGUUAUUGGCGAUCACUUUUCAUCCACCACUGUGCCAAUAGCACAGAUACUGGAUGUGUAUGGCUAUACACAGAUCAGUUAUGGAGCUACAGACUCCUUGUUAAGUGAUCGGCAAAAGUUUCCAUACUUUUUCCGGAUUAUUCAGAAUGACAAUGUCCAUUACUUGAUAAUAUCCAAACUUCUGAAAAGGAAUUACUGGAGUUGGGUUGGUAUACUAGCAUCAGAGGAUAUCUCAGGAGAGCAAGAGGGUCUCAUUCUAAAAAAAUAUUUGAGCAAACAUGGCAUUUGUGUUGCCUAUUAUUACACAGCAAAAGACUUAAGAAACACUUUUUUCCUGAAAAAGAAUCUGAAAAUUAUUCAGGAUUCGUCUGCUCAUGUUAUUGUUGUCUCUGGACAUUUUUCUUUUUCAGUUGUUCGUAUUGUUUCAGAAUACAGUUUUGUGUUUAAAAAAAAGACACUAAUUCUUCCACCCUCUUGGGCUUCCAAUCCUAUUCUAAUGUAUGAUAGUAUAGAAGCCUUUAAUGGUUGUUUGACUUUAGAGCUUUAUCCAGUAACAUUCCCAGGCACUGGAACUUUUUUCGAUAAUAUACAUCCCUCAAAAUACCCAAAAGACAUGAUUCUUCAUGAUUUGUGGAUAGCAAGUCUUCGAUGUUUAUCGGACAACACAUCAAAGAAUAAUUUAUAUGCAACUCAAUAUAAUAUCUCACUAAAGCGCUGCACUGGGAUGGAAAGGAUGAAGAACAUUAAGAAAGAUAUAUUUUUAGGAGUUUCUCCUCGAGUCUAUCUGGCAGUAAGUGUUAUGGCAGAGGCCCUUCAUAUGAUGUUAUCUGAGAAUAAAGAAGUGCAUGCAAACAAUUUGAAUAGCUACAACUAUAAUUAUCAGGGACACAUGAUUAUUUGGCUUCAGCUAACCAGCAAGAGCAACAAGAAAGUCAGGAACAGAAGGGUGAUGACACAAUGGAUCUCGGAAUUCCUCGAUUUAAAGGAGGAGGACAAGAAAGAUGCCAAGAAAGAAGAGGAGGAGAAAAAGCGGCGGUAUCGAAAGAUACCGAAGACUUUUGGGAAUUGGCUCAGGGCCUUUUGUAUUUUGGCGAGCGUGAUCAGAGAGAAGUCCCCAGACAGAUGCUCGCAGCUAUUUUGCUAUCUAGAUGGGAUAGAUGACGCGUACAGGAGUUACGGGGGUUUGGCGUGGUGGCGGUAUGAUGAACAGUUCCACCAGCGGUUAGCAGCAAACCCUAACAUGAGGUGGGACCAGAUGGACCUGCCGUUGUGGAUGAAACUGAUGAUAGCGCAGAAAAAUGCGCCCUUUCAGGGGACGGCCGGUACGGUCGCAGGAGGCGCCGUGUCAGCCGGACAGAAAAAAGGUUUCUGCUGGCUCUACAACGAGGGGCAGUGCAAGUGGGGGGCUUCAUGCAGAUUUAAACAUGAAUGUUCCGGAUGCGGGGGCAACCACGGGGUCAACAGAUGCUUUAAGAAAGGGAAAGCUAAUCUCGGUGGUACAACAGGGUCAACAGCUACGGCGGUUGCACCUGGGAACAUCGCCGGUGAAGGUCGGCGCGAUGCUGCCUUGGCUAAGGCUAUACGGUCGUUUGGUGUGGCUGAUUGGACAUUCCUAUGUGUAUUGGGCACAGAAGAGGGCCUCAAAAAUGAAAACCUUUAUUAUAUGGUGGGCAACUUUACACCGUGGGCACCUGAGGACCAACAACUUUCUACAAACUUCCAAACUAUAAUUUGGAAGACUCCAAACAAAGAGAUGCCACGUUCACAGUGCUCAGAAAAUUGCCCACCUGGAAAGAGAAAAGUCCCAGGAUCUACAAUCCAUAGCUGCUGUUAUAACUGUGUCUCGUGUUCAGAGGGCGCAAUAUCCAAUAUAUCUGACAGUGAAAACUGCAUAAAAUGCACAGAAUAUGAAAGGCCAAACAUGAAGCAAGAUCAAUGCAUUCCAAAAUUAAUGGAGUUUCUCUCCUUCACGGAAGAUGUGUUGACCAUGAUAUUGGCAUCGAUCUCAGUUCUGUUUUGCUUGUUAACCAUAUUAAUAGUAUUGGUUUUUAUUUCAUUUUGGGAAACACCAAUUGCUAAAGCCAAUAACAGGAACCUUAGCUUUAUUCUCCUUGUCUCCAUCAUGCUGAGCUUCCUCUGUGUGUUUUUAUUCCUUGGACGUCCUGUGAAUAUAACCUGCAUUCUCCGCCAAAUAUCUUUUGCAAUCAUCUUCUCGGUAGCCAUGUCAUCUGUAUUGGCCAAAACAAUCAUGGUUUAUAUUGCUUUCAAAGCCACCAAACCAAACAGUGUGUGGAAAAAGUGGAUUGGAGUCAAACUGUCCAAUACCAUAGUCUUGUUCUUCUCCUCUGUUCAAGUCACAAUUAGUAUAAUUUGGUUGACUAUUUCUCCCCCCUUUCAGGAGACAGACACCUAUUCUUAUAUAGGAAAGAUCAUCAUUCAGUGUAACGAAGGCUCAGUUAUUGCAUUUUACUCUGUUCUUGGUUACCUGGGGAUUCUGGCAGCUGUUAGUUUUAUUGCAGCUUAUUUAGUCAGGACAUUACCGGACAGCUUUAAUGAGGCCAAGUACAUCACUUUCAGCAUGCUGGUGUUCUGCAGUGUUUGGAUUGCGAUGAUCCCACCUUAUCUGAGCACCAAAGGGAAAUACAUGGUGGCUGCAGAGGUUUUUGCUAUAUUGGCUUCAAGUGCUGGACUUCUAGGCUGUAUAUUUUUUCCAAAAUGUUUUAUAAUGAUUUUUAGGCCAGAAAUUAACAAAAAGGCAUACUUUCUUAACAGGUUAUGA